AGGGGAGGCCCUGCCAAGGUCCCUUGUGCUUGCAGGCAGUUUCCCUGAGAGGCCCUUGACCAUGGCGAGUUCCUGCGACUGCGGCCACCACACUAAGACCGAGCCGUCUUCCACCUCCUGGAGUCUCUCUGGAUGGCCAACGUGAGCUGCCAGGGAAAAGUCACAGGCAAACAGGGCUCCCUGGCUGCCCAGGAGAAUGGCCAACAGGAUGGAAUUAGCACUGCAGAGGAAGGACUUUGGACAAGACCCCGUAUCCUUUUUGCAGCAUCCUGGAUGGCCAGCUCUGGGGCAAGCUGCUUGCCUGGGCAAGCUUGCCGGGCAAGCAAGCCAGGGUGGGGGCUUGCGAAGUUGGCAACAGGCUGUAGUGCUGGAGGAGGAGGAGGAGGAAGAAGAGAUCCUGACUCUGCAAAAGACCUGCCUUUGGAGGUUGGACAUGGUCAGACGCUGCCAGCUGUUUGGGAGAUGUGAGCUCAGCCUCGGGGGGAGAGCAAGAGAAUGCCCAAGGAUGGGAAAGGUUCUGGAAGGAUACUUGAAGAACAUACCCUUCCACUCUGACCCUGGGAGUCACCUCACCGAGAAGGGAACAUUUCCAGGCCUCUGUUCCGAGACCCCUGUUACUGCGGGCUGCCUUCCAGACCACUUCGGGGAGCUACUAAGGCUCGUGCCUACUCAGAAACAAGACAUCUCAGACAGUCCCAGAUGGCCACCAAGGGGCAAACCCAUUGUCCCCAAGCCCCUGCUACCCACCUCAGGCAGGCAGGGACUGGAGAGGUCAUGGCAUUGGUACCUUUCUAGGUCCUUGGGGAUGAGUGCAGAGGAAAGUCUUGUCAGAGACCAUGCUGGGCUUCUAAGCAAUGUGCGCCCCAAAUCCUUCUAUGUUUAAGUUGGUUUGCGUUGGGUUUCUGUCACUUGCAGCUACAGGAGUCUUCACGGGUACAGAGGCCAGCCACUUCCCGAGUUGCCAAGUGACCCAUUUAGGCUGUUCCCGCCUUAUCCGAUACCCCCCGCCCCCCCGGCUGUGGUUUCUCCUCAUUCCGCAGCUCUGUCUCCCUUUCCUCCACCACUUAAACGAGUAGUCAGGAAAGGACUGGCCGCUGUCAACUAUACUUUGAAAUUGCCCAUGGAAGUGAUUAUUGGAUGGGCCAGCCCCCCACCCCCACCUCCAGUCCUCCCUGGGUUGGAACUGUCACGUUCUAACUGCACCGCAGAGACGAUUGUGCUCUGCGCCCGGAACAAGAGGAGUCCUGUCUUUCCCAGGGUCGAUGCACCUGCUUGGGUCUGCUGUUAGGCUGCACGUUGUUUGUUUGCUUAUAGCUUUGUUGUUGUUGUUGUCGUUCUUUUUUGCUUAAAAAACAAUUUGGCGCUUCUCAAGGCUGAUUUGCAGACCCACAGAAUGUGCUCAUUUUGCCAGCUCUGUGCUUUGGGGGAAUCCUUUAGCCUGAAUAACUGGCGGCCGGCUGUGGCCAAGCCCGGGCAGAGCUGAACCCAGUGGGGGUCGGAGGCCAGCCAGGCCGUGGCCUGUCACCCACAAUAGCUCUUCUAAAGCCCCUCCGCAAAGGGUGACACAGAACAAAGACCAGGGGGCAAAGUUAAUUUAUUUGGAUUUUUUUUUUUAACAACCAAAAUAAUUGUUGAAGUUACAAAAAAAAGACAUUUACAUUUUAGAACUUUUACACUCUGAGAAUAAGCCACAGUGCCCGGUUUUGGUGAAUGAAAGGCUUAAAAGAUCCCAGCCUGACUGGGUGGUAGUGAUUAUCUAGGUCGUAUUCUCCAGAAUGGGCCUUACUCUGUCCAUCUCGUGAAUCGCUCUGCCCUGGAACUUUCAACUCUUAACCCUUUCGAUAUCAAACUUCUUUGCCGCAGAAGGCCUCUUCCAUGUGUCCCUUUCCCUCUCGUCUGUCCUUUGUCUGCCUUUCUUUGUAACUGGCUGCACGUGCCUUCACCCUGGUGUCUCAGCGCCAACAAAACAGCCUCCACCCUCCAGGCAAUUCACAUCCCUCACCUCCUGCAAAGUUGCCUCCAGCUCCUCUCUCCCAGCAAUCACUCCUGGUCUCCCUUGCCCAGUGCCUAUUUGUACCUCCGGGGAGCACUACCUGGUUGCAGGGACACUCUGGGGAGCCAGAGGACCUGAGCUCUAGUCUUGGCCCAGCUACCUAUCAGCUGUUAUGGUCUCAGGCAUUUUCUCAUUUUUAAACUGUCAGCCAAGCUGCUUCAAAGGGAUGUGGCUACACGGUAAUUAAUGCUGCCGGGCCCUGAAAAGCAAAAAUGCUACCAAGUGCAAGCAGGGUUAGCCAGUGGGCCCCUGAGGACUGCCACCCUCCGCCCAGCAUUUCCCACCUGCCCAGGAGCUCACUCUUUCAGCAGCUUGGUUACCAUGGUGAAAGGCCAGCCUUAGGGCUGCUGUGUAAAGUUUUUACCAUCGGGAAUGCAAGGUCCCUGAGGGCAAGACUGGAUUUUAACGUUUACUUGGUGAGCUUCUCUAGCCCAUAGCACCAAUCAGGGCUGAGCGCGAAGUAGGUGCUCAGUCUGAACGUUGAUAGCUUUGAUUCGAAUUUCCUUGGACAGAUCCACCACCUGUCACGUGAUGGCCUCAUAACAGUGGCAGGACGGUGGAAAACCCAAGCCUCCUUGUUCAUUCAUCCCACCAACCAUGACCUCUAGUGGGAAAGGCGCUCCUGGCAGCCCGGCCCGGGAGUCCUGGCACUCAGCAUUGCUGGCCCAAGUUUUGGGACCACCCGCUAAAGCCCACAGACCUUCCCACUGGAAUAAAAAUCCACACCAAA